CAGCUUCAAGGGUUUGAGGGCCUUUGGGCCGGCCUAGAGCCCCCACCACCUGCCCACAGGGUCUGGGGUGUUUACGCUAUCGUGAUGAGGAAGGUGGGCUCGCUGCCCAAGCUUUACAUCGGCUCUGGGACGAGAAGGACCAAGGGGGUCCAGGCAAGAUUUAGGGAUUACGAUCUGGGAAACUCGUUGCCGUUCUGCAUCAAAGCUUCCUUGGGAAAUGGGUACAAGAUGACCAGCAGAGGCCUAUUGGCCUGGAUGCGACCUCCACCUCCUGUCACGACAGGAUCAAAGAGCCUGCGGGUGGAAGCUAUCACCUGCCAAUUGAGCCAGCAACCACCAAAAGAGGAGAAUCGCAAGUCGGACAGCCUCGCGAUAUUACAGGUGAUAAGGCUGAUCCGUCACACCUCCCACAUUGGUUCCUCUUGCUCGCCUUCGAAUGAUUGCUGUAGAAGGUGUGUUCACCCGGUUGUUUUUUGCGAGCCGGCCAGAUAUUCUGGACAAUUUAUGGACUCUCCUGCCCCUUCUCCCGUCCUGGUCUCACCUUGCCGUCGGCUGGGCACCCCUCUGUUCGCAUACAUCGCUGAAGGAGCGGCCACGGGGCCACGUCGACCUAUCCCCCGCCCAGCUCCUCGAGAUGUACGAGAAGACGAAGCUACAUGAGGCCCAAUUGUCGAGUCGGAACUCGAGACGGCGGCGGGAAGAGAGAAAGGCCAAGGACCCCGAGUACCUCAAGAAGGAGAGGGAGAAGAGCAACGUGUGGCGACAAGCCCACCCCGAUCGGCCCCUCGCCUGGGCUGCCAAGACUCGUGCACGUGCCCGUGCCUCUGGGGUGCACACGUGCAAACUCUGUAAUAAGACCUUCGCCUCCGCCGCAAACUUGAAGAGGCACGAGGGGGGGAGGGAUUACAAGGCGAAAGCAGCCGGCAAGGAAUAACCACCAUCGGCCCGCGCCCUCCAAGAACGAUCCGCCAUCGCCAGGAACCGACUAUACAACAAGUACCGUUGUAGGGUGUGUGAGAAGAAUUUCAACAUAAAGGGGCAUC